AACACACCCGCGAUUUUGGUUCCCAUCCCUAAUUCUCUUUCCCUUAUUCAAGCUUCCAUUUUUUGUUUUGAGCUUUCGAUUCGGCUCCCUCAAAUUCCCUAGGCGACAGCGACGGCCGGCGACGAUCAGAUAUUGAAUGUCCCGAAUUUCCUUUCCUUCCUUGCUUUCCCUGUAAGCUUCCGCUUUCUGUUUUGAACGGCUCCCUUAAUCUUCUAUGGCACAGACGACCUCACAACAUUGACAACCCACUUUCUAUUUUGUCUUGAUUCGUUUCCCUGAAGCUUUCUCAACUCGAACGACGCCGCCAGUCGGACAAUUGAAGCUCCGUGUUUCAGGUGGAUAAUAGUUUUCUAGCAUGCAAAUUAAGAAUUGAGGUAAAGUGAACUCUUUUUCGGGAGAUGCCCGAGUUCUUUCUGGACACUAAUGCUAAAAGGAGCGAAGCUCACAGCUCAUGUGGGCAAAGCCCUGCAGUCUUUGCCUAAGAACCCUUAUUUCGUUCUUUUUCCAUCUGGAUUUUUUAGAUAUUAUGGUAAUGUUAACUCGAAACAUGAUGGGGCAAUACAUGAAACUGAAUGGGAAAGAUUACUCAGACCGUUUGACCUCAAAGAGCUUCGAAAAUCUUUUAAUCAAAUCACCCCAUUUCAACUCUGUAAACUGCUUGAAUUGCCACUUGAUGUAUCCACAUCAAUGGCAAUAUUCCAAUGGGCAGGUGCCCAGAAGGGCUAUUGUCACACAUUUAAGGUGUACUAUGUGUUAAUCAAAAAGCUUGGUGAAGCCAAAGAGUUUAAAGUUAUAGAUAGGUUGUUGUUGCAGAUGAAAGAGGAAGGGAUUGUUUUUAGAGAGCCCCUCUUCAUAUGUAUUAUGAAAUCUUAUGGGAGAGCCAGUUUGCCUGGUCAAGCUACUAGGCUGUUGUUGGAUAUGAAAUGUGUUUAUUCUUGUGAGCCAACAUUUAAGUCUUAUAAUGUUGUGUUGGAGAUACUGGUAGCUGGUAACUGCCCUAGUGUUGCAUCAAAUAUUUUUUAUGACUUGCUGAGUAAGGGUGUAUUACCCACUGUUUACACAUUUGAUGUGGUGAUGAAAGCGCUCUGUAUGGUUACUGAAGUUGAUAAUGCUUGCUCACUGCUUAGAGACAUGACAAAAUAUGGGUGGCCAAAUUCAGUGGUCUACCAGACUCUCAUACAUGCACUUUCAAAGAGAGAUAGAGUGAAUGAAGCAUUGAAAUUUCUGGGGCAAAUGUUCCUGAUGGGAUGCAUUCCUGAUGUUGAUACCUUCAAUGAUGUUAUUCAUGGAUUGUGCAGGCUUAAUCGAAUUCAUGAGGGGGCAAAAUUGGUUGACCGGACGCUUCUCUGUGGUUUCACCCCUAAUGAUAUGACUUAUGGAGUUCUAAUGCAUGGGUUGUAUAGAGCCGCACAAGUAGAUGAAGCCCAGGUGUUGUUGAACGAAAUCUUUGUUCCAAGUACAGUGCACUUCAAUAUCGUGAUUAAUGGAUAUGUAAAGAGCGGCCGCUUGGAUGAAGCUAAGGGUUUUUUGUAUGAUAAGAUGUUAAUUGAUGGAUGUAAGCCUGAUCCUUUCACAUUUAACAUACUGAUACAUGGGUUUUGCAAGAAGGGGCUUAUGGGUUCAGCUCUUGAAUUGGUUGAUGAGAUGGCUGUCAGUGGUUGCAAGCCCAAUGUAAUGGCAUACACUAUUUUGCUUGAUGGGUUCUGUAAGAAAGGUCAAUUAGAUGAAGCUGGUCAUGUUUUAAAUGAGAUGUCAGCUAAGGGACUUGGUUUGAGUUUAGAGGGAUACAACACCCUAAUAUGUGCUUUAUGCAAGGGUGGGAAGGUUCAUGAAGCUUUGGAGAUGCUUGGUGAAAUGUCAAGCAAAGGAUGUAAGCCUGACAUAUUUACAUUUAAUACUCUAAUAUUUGGUUUAUGCAAGGUUGAUGAGAUGGAGGAAGCCUUAGGACUCUAUCGUGAUAUGUUAUUGGAGGGUGUUAUUGCCAAUACUGUAACUUACAACACAUUGAUUCAUGCUUUUUUGAGGAGAGGUGCAAUUCAAGAAGCACUUAAGCUUGUAAAUGAUAUGUUAUUCAGAGGAUGCCCUCUUGAUAAAAUCACUUACAAUGGCCUAAUAAAAGCAUUCUGCAAAGUUGGGGCCAUUGAGAAAGGAUUGGGAUUGUUUGAAGAAAUGAUCAGGAAGGAUCUAAUUCCCAGUAAUAUCUCAUGCAAUAUAUUGAUCAAUGGCCUUUGUAGAGUUGGCAAAGUACGUAAUGCACUUGAGCUUCUAAGGGAUAUGAUUCAUCGAGGAUUGGCACCUGACAUUGUCAGCUACAACAGCCUGAUUAAUGGUUUAUGCAAGAUGGGGAACAUUCGGGAGGCUGUCAAUCUCUUUGACAAAUUGCAGGUUGAAGGAAUACAACCUGAUGCUAUUACUUAUAACACUUUGAUUUGUUGGCAUUGCAGAGAUGGAAUGUUUGACGAUGCAUGUUUACUCCUCCAUCAAAUUGUCAAGAAUGACUUUGUACCUAAUGAUGUAACAUGGUAUAUUUUGGUCAGCAAUUUUUUUAAAAAAAGUGGCAAUGAGAGUAAAACUUCAUCCUAUUCUCAGUUUUAAUUCACUGGAAGGGAGCUUCUGAUCUUGGAAGACGAAUUUGCUUAGGCAUCGUUAAUUGAUCCCUUCCAGCUGCAUCCAAAUGGAAAAUAUUGUUCGUUGCAAUUUCACACAAUAUGAGUUGCCUGAUCCUUCUACUCCUUGCUACUUAAUGGUCACUGAUUGGUCUACUACAGGAGAUGAGUGUAUCACCAUGUGUUUACGAAAGGUUGGCGCUGCUCUAAAAGCUGAGUAGUUGAAGUUGAACAUAGAUGAUGAGUAUCUGAAGUUAAUCCUGGUUUGUAGAUUAACUGAAUAUGGAUAUCAAGAGGGCCUUUCUAAAAUCUGGAUUACCAUUGGUUCAAUAUUCAUAGGGGUGCUGUCCAGCCAAGUCAAAUCAAUACAAUACAAGGCACCGGGGAAUUUCGUUCUUUUCGGUAUUCAUCCAGUAACGGAAUGAAGCAGUGGAGCUUGGUGCCUGGUACAACGUAAUGUAUCAACUCUCUUGUGCUAUAUAUAAGAAUGCAGGCAAUAAUGUAUGUACGGAAACAGGCGUCUCCUUUUUUUUUUUUUUUUUGGCAUUAAGAGGAGUAGAUUUCAAGAUGGUUCCAAACUAUUCCAAUUUGAAAUGUGGAAUUGAUAA